AUGGCCACUGCUCUUCUACUAAAUGAUGACUUUUACACAAACACCGAUGAUAAGUAUCUUGAAAUAUUCUCACUUAUUUGGCUUGAUGCAAAUGUAGAUGUUAAAGACAAUCGAGACACAGAAGUAAAAUUACGUUCGAUUAUCAAUCAUAUCAAGAAAUUUCAAGAUAUAGAACAAUGUGAACAAUAUAUUGAUCAAACAUCACAAAAAGAUCGAUUAAUACUUAUUGUUAGUGGUCCAUUAGGACAAGAAAUAGUACCCUCCAUUCAUCAACUUCGACAAGUUAUAUCAAUUUAUGUUUAUUGUAUGGAUAAGAACAGUAAUGAACAAUGGGUUCACAAAUUUUCAAAAAUAAAAUCUGUUGUUGUUGAUCUUGAUGAACUUGUCUCUCAAAUUACAACAGAUCAUAAAAUUCAGAAAAAGAUAGAAGAACCAUUAUCAAUCAAUAUUUUCACAACAAAUGUUGGUGCAGGGAAAUCAACAACAGGAGUUAAUGGAGAAUUUGUUUUUUCUUAA